AUGUUCACCUUGAUUUUACUAUUCUUGCUUCUGAACACUCCACUUCUUGUGGCUGAUUUUAUUCAUCCCAGGUGUUUUUGGAGAAUGAAGCAGAAUGAAGACAAGGAUGGAAACCUGGGAAGAGGAUGUACCUUUAUGAUUGAUGCAGUACGAUGGCCUGUGGAGAAAGAGUAUUUCAGUCACAUUUUGAAUAUAAAAACACAUACUGUAAACCUCAAGUACGCUCUGGCUUUGGCUUUUUCCAUAUGUGAAAUCAACAGGAACGCUGAUCUUUUGCCAAAUAUGUCUCUACUAUUCAAAUUCUCAGCAUACAGUUGUGAUUGGGAAUCACAAUUAAAUAAUCUCAUUCAUUUGGGUUUAAAAAAUCGUGAUAUUCUCCCUAAUUAUAUGUGUAAAAAAUUUACCAAAUGUGUAAUGGCACUUACAAGACUGAAUUGGGCAACAACUGUGAAACUUCAUACAAUCCUAAACAACUUCAUAUCUCAGCAGUUCCUUCAGGUUACUUAUGGACCCUUUCAUCCUGUCUUGAGUGAUAAUGAAAAAUUUCCUCAUCUAUAUCAGAUGUCCUCUGAUGAUAGAUCUCUAGCCCUUGCUCUGGUCUCCUUCAUAAUUCAUUUCAGUUGGAACUGGGUAGGGUUGGCCAUCUCAGACAAUGAUCAAGGUAUCCAAUUUCUCUCUUAUUUGGGAGAAGAGAUGGAAAAAAGUACAGUCUGCUUUGCCUUUAUCAACAUGAUUCCAGUCAGCAUGAAUUUAUAUAUGUCAAGAGCUGAAGUGUAUUACAACCAAAUCAUGACAUCAUCCACAAAUGUUGUCAUCAUUUAUGGUGACACAGACAGUACUUUAGCUGUGAGCUUUAGAAUGUGGGAAUCUCGAGGCAUACAGAGAAUAUGGGUUACCACCUCACAGUGGGAUGUCACUCCUAUUAAGAAAGACUUCACAUUUGGUAACGAUUAUGGGACUUUUGCUUUUGGACACCACCAUAGUGAGAUUUCUGGUUUUAAAAAUUUUGUCCAGACAUUGAACUCUUUCAUAUUUUCAGAUGAGUAUCUGGUAAAGCAGGAAUGGAUGCACUUUAACUGUGAAGUCUCAGCAUCUAAAUGUCAGACACUGAAGAACUGCUUGUCCAAUCACUCAUUAGAAUGGUUAAUGGCACAUACUUUUGACAUGGCCUUUAUUGAAGGGAGUUAUGACAUAUACAAUGCUGUGUAUGCUUUUGCCCAUGCACUCCAUGAGGUGACUUUUCAAAAGUUUGAUAAUCUGCCAGUGGACAAUGGCAAAGAAAACAAUUACAGCUGCAAGAAGUUGUAUGCGUCUCUGAGAAGAACCCAGUUCAUUAAUCCUGUUGGGGACAGAGUGAAUAUAAACCAAAGAGACCAACUUCAGGACGAGUAUGACAUUUUCCACAGUUGGAAUUUCCCUCAGGGCCUUGAAUUUAAAGUUAGAAUUGGAAUAUUUAGUCCCUAUUUUCCAAAUGGUCAACAGGUACAUUUAUCUGAAGAGUUGAUAGAGUGGGCAAAAGGAAGUACACAGGUAAGUUCAGCCUAA